AAUCGAAUAGCCGGGUUUAGUCGCCUCAAUUUGUAUUUCCUGGGUCGCCCUUAACAUACACUCCCUUGAGUAAACCCCGCUAUCAAUUUCGAAUUUCCCCGCUCCCACACCGCCACCACCACCACCAACGAGGUUGAAGAAGAAGGGGCAUUCCAGAAAUGUACGGGGGAGAUGAAGUAUCUGCGAUAGUGGUGGACUUAGGUUCCCACACUUGCAAAGCUGGUUAUGCCGGUGAAGAUGCCCCUAAAGCUGUUUUUCCAUCUGUUCUUGGCUCAAUUGACGAAAUGGAAGUUGAUGACGCUGAUAAUUCAGACAAAAACUCUGGCACUGCCUCGGAUUCUAAAUCCAAGAGCAAGCGCAAGUUGUAUGUAGGAACACAAGACUUGGGAUUUCGUAGGGAUCACAUGGAGGUAUUAUCACCUGUCAAGGAUGGGAUAGUUGCUGACUGGGAUAUGGUUGAAAAUAUAUGGGACCAUGCGUUGAGGAAAUGCCUCUUGAUUGACCCAAAGGAACAUCCGAUGCUCCUUGCUGAGCCAUGUUCUAAUACUCAACAGCAGAGAGAAAAGACUGCAGAGAUUAUGUUUGAAAAAUACCAAGUUCCCGCAUUAUUUUUGGCCAAAAAUGCUGUUCUCACAUCUUUUGCAUCAGGACGUGCCACCUCUUUAGUUGUUGACUGUGGCGGAGGAUCUACUACUGUGGCUCCAGUCCAUGAUGGAUAUGUUCUUCAGAAGGCUGUUGCAACGUCUCCGAUUGGAGGAGAUUUUCUCACUGAUUGCUUGUUAAAAAGCCUGGAAGACAAGGGAAUCUCUAUAAAACCUCGUUAUGCCUUUAAACGGAAAGAAAUUCGUGCUGGAGAAUUUCAGAUUGUAGACCUUGACUUCCCAAAUACGACGGAAAGUUACAAACUCUAUUCCCAGCGGGUGAUUGUUGGUGAUAUUAAAGAAUGUGUAUGUCGAGCACCGGACACCCCGUAUGAUGAUACUUCAUACUCGAAUAUCCCAAUGACGCCUUAUGAGCUUCCUGAUGGACAGACGAUUGAGAUUGGUGCUGACAGAUUCAAGAUUCCUGAUGUACUAUUUAAUCCAUCUUUAGUUCAGACUAUUCCUGGUAUGGAGAGUUCUGUAGAGACGGCUUCAUCUGCUCGUGGUCUGCCGCAAAUGGUCAUUGAGAGCAUAAACAAAUGUGAUGUUGACAUCCGACGAGAACUUUUUAGUGGCAUACUGCUUUCUGGUGGAACAGCAUCAAUGCAACAAUUGAAAGAACGUCUUGAGAAAGAUUUGUUGGAGGAAACUCCUCAAGCAGCAAGGGUUAAAGUGUUAUCAAGCGGGAAUGCUACUGAAAGGAGAUUCAGCGUCUGGAUAGGGGGGAGUAUAUUGGCAUCACUUGGUUCCUUUCAGCAAAUGUGGUUCUCAAAGUCUGAGUUUGAAGAGCAUGGAGCUUCUUACAUUCAAAGGAAAUGCCCUUAAACAUUUUAAGUAGGGAGGUCACUGGUUGCUUGAAUCUCUUCGGUUAUUCGCUUUGUAAUCAUCACAUAUGAACUUGUGGUGCGUCAAGAAAGACCUGUUAACUGUGCGUCAAGAACACUCUGUAUUUGCAUUCUUCGUUGCACUAUGUUGCUACCAACCGUGUGAGUUGCUCAUGAAAAUAUUGAUACACUGUGGGCACAAGUAUAGAACUGAUUAAGUAUUACUGGAAGAGGAGCUUUGGAAUUGACAUUUAAUUUAAGCUGUGCUUGGGUUUUGAUAUCUUCUAUUUCUCACUUUAAAUGAAGUCAUUCUUUUA